AUGUCCACAGAGUGCAUCGAUCCUUGGACAGGAGGGCCACAGAGCCAGACUCAGAGUCCAGGUGGGGGGUAUGGAACCUUGGCUUCAGGUGGGUGUCUGCCUCCCCCCACAUCUGCCUCCUGGAACCUGCCCCGCUGGAGAGCAUCCUUGGCUGCAGCUGUUCUCUGCUACAUCAACCUUCUGAACUACAUGAACUGGUUCAUCAUCCCAGGAGUGUUACUGGAUGUCCAGAAGUAUUUUAACAUCAGUGACAGCCAUGCUGGUUUGCUGCAGACAGUCUUCAUCGGCUGCCUGCUGGUGUCUGCGCCUGUGUUUGGCUAUCUGGGUGACCGCCACAGCCGCAAGGCCAUACUGUGCUUUGGGAUCCUGCUGUGGUCAGGGGCUGGCCUUUCCAGCUCCUUCAUCUCCUACCAGUAUUCCUGGCUCUUCUUCCUGUCCCGGGGGGUCGUGGGCACUGGUGCAGCAAGCUACUCCACCAUUGCACCCACCGUCCUGGGUGAUCUCUUCGUGAAGGACCAGCGAACCUGUGUACUGGCUAUCUUUUACAUCUUCAUCCCGGUCGGAAGUGGUUUGGGCUACGUGCUGGGGUCAGUUGUGGCGGAGCUGACAGGGAACUGGCGUUGGGCCCUCCGAAUCAUGCCCUGUUUGGAUGCUGUGGCCUUAGUUCUGCUCAUCCUGCUGGUUCCAGACCCACCCCGAGGAGCAGCUGAGAAACAGGAAGAAGUGGCUGUGAGGGCUCCGAGGAGCAGUUGGUGUGAGGACGUCAGAUACUUGGGGAGAAACUGGAGUUUUGUGUUUUCAACCCUCGGAGUGACGGCCAUAGGUUUUGUGACUGGAGCUUUGGGCUUCUGGGCACCCAAGUUUUUGUUUGAAGCUCGCGUGGUCCACGGCCUACAGCUUCCCUGCUUCCAGGAACAGUGUGGCAGUCAGGACAGCCUGAUUUUUGGGGCACUGACAGUCGCAACUGGCAUUAUUGGUGUCAUCCUGGGGGCGGAGGCCUCGAGAAGGUACAAGAAGGUGAACCCCAGGGCUGAGCCCCUCAUCUGCGCUUCCAGUCUAUUUGCUGCAGCUCCCUGCCUCUUCCUGGCCCUCAUCUUGGCCUCAAGGACCCUCCUGGCCUCCUAUGUGUUCCUGGCUCUCGGGGAGCUCCUUCUGUCUUGCAACUGGGCAGUGGUUGCUGAUAUCCUGCUGUCGGUAGUGGUGCCGAGGUGCAGGGGCACAGCAGAGGCGCUCCAGAUCACAGUGGCCCACAUCCUGGGAGACGCUGGCAGCCCCUACCUCACUGGACUUAUCUCCAGCGUCCUGCAGACUGGGCGCCCAAACUCCUACCUGCAGCGCUUCCUCAGUCUGCAACACAGUUUCCUGUGCUGCGCCUUUGCCAUCGUGCUGGGUGGUGGCUGCUUCCUCCUGACCGCACUGCACCUGGAAAGAGACCAGGCCCAGGCCAGGCAGUCUGGCAAAGGAACUCUGGACAGCGAGGACGUAGUCAGCAGGAACCCUGAGAGUCAAGGCCUGCUCUCCAGCACCAGCACCCCAGCAGAGCAGUCCUGAGUCCAUCUUGCAGUGAGCAGGCUUUAUCCUACCCACAUCCUCCUCGUGGCCCCACCCAUCUUGGCUAUGAUUCAGGGACCCCAGCUAAGCUACACUAGCCACUU